CAUAUGACGUUUCACCCCCCUGUUCAGUAUAUAUGUUUUAUGUUAUUAAAAUUUGUCCAUCUACUAUUUUCGUUUUUCAAAAUUGAGUUUUACUUUAGUUUAGUGAAUUAACUAACCACAAGGAUUUGUUUUAGGUUUGUUAGUGGUAAUGGCUGAGAAAAAAGGGCAUGUUAUAAUGGAAGGACCUGAUUUCACUAAAAUAUUCAUAACUAUUUUUGUAAUAGUGAUUACAUUAGUGAUCUUAUGGCUGUACAAACGUCAGAAAAGUUUACGAAAAAGUAUAGUCUUCACUGGUCUAUGUGACAGUGGGAAAACAUUGACUUUUUCACAGCUGAUAUAUAAUAAAUAUGUUCAAACACAUACAUCUACCAAGGAGAAUGUUGGAACAUAUGUUGUUAACAACGAGGUGUUGAGAAUAAUAGACAUUCCUGGCCAUGAGCGUUUGAGGGAUAAAUUCUUUGAUUUGUACAAAGAUACUGUAAAGGGGAUUGUGUAUAUUGUAGAUUCAAAUACAAUUCAACAAGAUUUAAGAGAUGCAGCAGAAUAUUUAUAUAAUAUCAUGAUAGAUCCAGUAAUACAAAAAAAUCAACCUAGUUUAUUGAUCCUAUGUAAUAAACAGGAUCAAACAUUUGCCAAAGGUGGUUCUGCUAUUAAAUCUAUGUUUGAGAAGGAAUUGAAUACUCUCCGUACCACCAAAUCCAGUCAGUUGGAGUCAGUGGACCUAAAGGCUAAAAAAGUAGCAAUUUUGGGUGACGUCAAUGAAUAUUUCGAUUUUGCUGCAAUAGGCAUGAAGGUAGAUAUUGCAGAAAGUUAUGCUUAUCAUAAAGAUGGCUCUGUGGACAUCAAUGGUUUGAAGACAUGGUUUUUAAGGCAAACUUAAAUAUUUGUAUAUAAUGUAUUGUCAAUCUGUAUCUUUUUUACAUUAUUUUGUAUUUGAUGGUCUCCUCUUUCAUAUUGUAAAAGAUUUGGUAUGAUUAAACAUAACUCCUUACGCUA